AGAGAGAGAGAGAUGGGCAGUGCUACACUAGGAAACAAAACCAAAAGGUUACCGAAGCGUCCUAAACAAAUCCCUCGCGCGCUCAGCAGCUGCACCAUCCUCUUUAUUUCGGUUCUGAUCUCCACUGAAACUCCGCUUCAACUCCAAAUCGACGUUUUACAGAACUAAUGGCACCCUAACGAGCAUCUGAACGAGCUUUCAGGCUUAAGUGACUGAACGCGACCUGACCUUUCCCCGCCUCCCCAAUUUCUCCGGUCACUCGGUCACCUGUCGGGGAUGUCGGAGGGCGCGCGCACUCUUCCCGCGUUCCGGCGCUUCACCUACUCGGUGGGGCACGUGCUGAACGACCUGUGCGCCUCCAUGUGGUUCACCUACCUGCUGCUCUACUAUCAGUCGGUGCUCAGUUUCCGGGACUCCAGCGCCGGGCUGCUGCUGCUGUUCGGACAGAUCGCGGACGGAAUCGCCACGCCGCUGGUCGGCUACGAGUCGGACCGGACACGGGGAUGCGGCACGUACGGGAAACGCAAGUCGUGGCAUUUAGUCGGAACCAUCUGCGUGCUGCUGUCUUUCCCGUUCAUCUUCAACCCGUGUGUGGGCUGCGGCGAGGUCACGCCACAGUGGGUCGGCCUCACCUACUUCACACCUUUCAUCAUCAUCUUCCAGUUCGGCUGGGCCUCCACUCAGAUCUCCCACCUGUCGCUCAUCCCGGAGCUGGUGUCGUGCGAACACGCCAAGGUGGAGCUCACUGCGUACAGGUACGCGUUCACGGUUCUGUCUAACAUCACCGUAUACGCAGUGGCCUGGCUGCUGCUCCGCUUCCAGCACCCGGCCGAUCCGUCCGUCGCAGACCAGCUGAGUCACCUCGACGUCCCCGUGUUCAGGGACCUGGCGCUGAUCGUGCUGGGCAUCGGCGCUGUUUUCUCGCUCAUCUUCCACCUGGGUACACGAGAACGGACGCGACGCGAGGCCGACGAGAGCCGACCCCUGCUGACUCGCUCCGGCGAGAACUCGGCGCCGCUGCUGCAGUGGAAACACUGGCUCACCGAGCCGUCCUUCUAUCAGGUGGCUGCCCUGUACAUGUGCACUCGCCUGAUCGUCAACCUCUCCCAGACGUACAUCUCCAUGUACCUGAUAAACUCUUUGUUCCUGCCUAAGAACUACAUCGCUACCAUUCCUCUGGUGCUGUACGUGAGCGGCUUUGUCUCCUCUCUGGCCAUGAAGCCGAUCAGUAAACGCCUCGGCGUUAGCAUGACGUAUUUAGCUGGACUCGUGCCCAUCAUGGCGUUCGGCAUCUGGGUGCUGCUGGAUUUGAAGAUGGGUGUCCGUGUGUACGGAGCGGCCGUCCUGCUAGGAGCCGGAUCUGCCGUCAUCCUGGUGAUGUCGCUGUCCAUGACCGCCAACCUCAUCGGAGAUCAGACGCAAAGUGGCGCGUUCGUGUACGGAGCCAUGAGCUUCACAGACAAGGUGGCCAACGGCCUCGCCGUGAUGAUCAUCCAGAGCCUGUACCCCUGUCAAACGCUGGUUUGCUGCUCUGACUGCGUUUGGUUCUACCACCGUGUCAUGGUAGCUGUAACCGGGGGUGUCAGCCUCAUCACCGCAUUCUGCCUCUUUAGUCUGGUCGUCUGGCCAAUCAAGAUCCGUCGAUGUUGAGAACGUCUUACCAGCGGGCGGCCAUCUUGGUGAACAGGUCUGCCUCUAAAACCCGGAGAACAUCGAGAACAUAACCUUCGGUGCGAUUGGGGAGUGCGUCCUCACGUCACAAUGAAUCUGAGAACUAUGAGGAAGCAGAGCUGUCUGUGUUCACAGGAAACCUCUACGCAAAAAGUGCCACAUGACCACUACAAUGCAGGUCGUCUUCUUAAUUCUUCCUUCUUCUUCUUUUUUUUUUUUUCCCGCGGCCUGCGGAUUUUUCGAACUUUUCUGACAAUGGAAACACAAGUCCUGGAAGUCCCGGAGAUGAAGAACGGAUUCGUCUUCUCAGUAACGUGGCAAGCUGCGCUGUUCCGUCGUACUUUCUUCGCGAGAAAGUGACGGAGAUAAUGGGAACUGACUCGUCACGUGGACGAUGCACAACAUUAAAUGUAACUAUAACUGGAUAAAAAAAAAAAAAACUGCCAUUCUUUAAUAAAUAAAAAUAAGAAUCGUUGGUAAAUCGCUACGGUAUAAACGUAUCGCUUGCUGUUCACCCAAACCAGAGGUGACGGACGGCUGCGUCCCGGAGCUCUCUCCUGGUUUAACCUCUGCCUCUAUUGUUCUUGUAUUUCGAAAGUCCUGACCUGAUUUCCUCCCUCGGUUCCUCAUACACUACAAUAGCUCUGUUUGUAAAAAACGCUUCCGAUUAAUCCAAAUCCCAUCUUUCACCCAUUUCAUAACAGCACUGUUUGAGGUUAAUCGAAUUAUUCUAAAGCUUGUUGAUGGACCUACUCACGAAUGCCGACCUGUAACGUUUACUCUGUCCUCGACGCUUUCUUUUUUUUUCUUCUUUUUUUUUUCCUGCCAUGAAAAGGGAAUUAAAAACGCCACGCUGGA